GUGAUACCCCCCCAUUUUCGGAAAGUGGUUUGAGCCAGUGCAACGGUCUAUCCGAGCCUCCGCCGAGUCUCGGGUCCUUCAACUGACAACAUGGCGAGUGUCCGUGCUGCCUCCCGUCUCCUCUCCAAGAGGAUACUGUCAAAAACCAAAGCCGUCCCUGCUGUUGCAGUUCAAGGCUCCAGAAACUUUCAUUUCUCCAUCUAUGGCAAGAAGAAAAAUGCCCAAGUGUCAAAUGAUAUCUCCACUCAGUACCCAGUUGUCGAUCAUGAGUUUGAUGCUGUGGUGGUAGGAGCUGGAGGAGCAGGACUCAGGGCUGCUUUUGGCCUGUCAGAGGCCGGAUUCAACACUGCUUGUAUCACCAAGCUCUUCCCCACCAGAUCUCACACUGUUGCCGCACAGGGUGGCAUCAAUGCAGCUCUGGGGAACAUGGAGGCGGAUGACUGGAGGUGGCAUUUCUACGAUACUGUAAAGGGAUCGGAUUGGCUGGGAGACCAGGACGCUAUCCACUACAUGACAGAGCAGGCUCCAGCAGCUGUAGUGGAGCUGGAAAACUUUGGCAUGCCGUUCAGCCGCACUGAAGAUGGCAAGAUCUACCAGAGGGCCUUUGGAGGUCAGAGUCUCAAGUAUGGAAAAGGAGGCCAAGCCCACCGAUGCUGCUGUGUAGCUGACAGAACAGGACACUCAUUACUGCAUACACUUUAUGGAAGGUCGCUUCGUUAUGACACCAGUUAUUUUGUCGAGUACUUUGCUCUGGAUCUACUUAUGGAAAAUGGAGAGUGCAAAGGAGUGAUUGCUCUCUGCAUGGAGGAUGGAUCUAUUCACCGCUUCAGAGCUCAGAACACUGUCAUCGCUACCGGGGGUUAUGGAAGAACAUAUUUCAGCUGCACAUCUGCCCACACCAGUACAGGAGAUGGAACUGCAAUGGUGACCAGAGCUGGUCUGCCCUGCCAGGAUUUGGAGUUUGUACAGUUUCAUCCAACUGGGAUCUACGGAGCCGGUUGUCUGAUCACAGAGGGUUGCCGUGGUGAGGGAGGGAUCCUGAUCAACAGCGAGGGAGAGCGCUUCAUGGAGCGCUAUGCACCCAAUGCCAAAGACCUGGCCUCCAGAGACGUGGUGUCCCGCUCCAUGACCAUAGAGAUCAGAGAGGGAAGGGGUGUCGGUCCAGACAAGGACCACGUUUACCUGCAGCUUCACCAUCUGCCUCCCCAGCAGCUGGCCACAAGAUUGCCUGGUAUCUCAGAGACAGCCAUGAUCUUCGCUGGAGUUGACGUCACAAAAGAGCCCAUCCCCGUGCUGCCCACCGUUCAUUACAAUAUGGGUGGAGUCCCCACAAACUACAAGGGACAGGCCAUCAUUCAUACCGAUGGAGUUGACAAGGUGGUUCGUGGUCUGUAUGCCUGUGGUGAGGCGGCAUGUGCCAGUGUCCACGGUGCUAACCGCCUGGGCGCUAACUCUUUGCUGGACCUGGUGGUGUUUGGCAGAGCCUGUGCCCUCACCAUCACCGAGGAGCACAAACCUGGAGAGAGCCUGUCCCCUCUGCAGCCCAGCGCAGGAGAGGAGUCUGUGGCCAACCUGGACAAGCUGAGGUUUGCCAACGGAGAUCUGAGAACCUCCGAGAUCAGGCUCAACAUGCAGAAGACCAUGCAGGCCCAUGCUGCAGUGUUCCGUACCGGCUCCGUUCUGAAGGAGGGAUGUGACAAGAUGGACGCCAUUUACCAGACCAUGGAUGACCUCAAGACAUUUGACAGAGGCAUUGUGUGGAACACAGACCUGGUGGAAACGUUGGAGCUGCAGAAUCUGAUGCUGAACGCUGUCCAGACCAUCCACUCUGCUGAGCAGAGACAGGAGAGCAGGGGCGCCCACGCCAGAGAGGACUUCAAGGACCGUGUGGAUGAGUAUGAUUACUCAAAGCCCAUACAGGGUCAGGAGAAGAAGCCCUUCGAGCAGCACUGGAGGAAACACACUAUGUCCUACGUUGACCCAAAGACUGGAAAGGUGACUCUGGAGUACCGACCUGUUAUUGACCAUUCUCUGGAUGAACAGGACUGCGCCCAUGUCCCUCCUGCCAUCCGCUCCUACUAAAAACACCUCUUCCUCCUCCUCCUCUUCCCUUCCUCUAUCUCUCUCUGCCAGUUUCCUCUCACAUUCAAUUCAUUCAUUUGCUAUUUAUGGAUAAACUUUUGAAAAAUACACUUCUGGCUGCACAUGUGUCUCCAUUUUUAGUAUAGUUGAAUACAAAACUGUCUUAAAUCUUCAUCACCUUCAUGUUCCUCUACUUGUUUUGCCUUGAUUUAAUCUGUUUGCAGCAGAUCAGUUUCAACAUGGUUGCUUCUUCUUCUCUUCUGAUUCUGACUUCUCUGCUUUGGCUUUUUCAAAUGAAGAGAUUGUGGAGAUGAUUGUAACUUGAAAUGCACAUGUCACCAUUAAGCCACAGAGGGAAGUUUUAAGUAUGUAAAUAUUGCAUAAAUGUACAAUAAACAUGGCGAAUUAUACUGUAUGUUGAAGUAUGAGGUACAUUCACACUCAUUAUGGCCUUCAGUCUUGGACAAUAUUUACCUAUUCCUCUCGCUCAUGCUCAGUGACAGUUCUUCUCUUUAAAUGUUAAUAAAAUGAAGCAGCUUGAGGUGCACCACGCUAUGGUGUCUCAUCUGUUGGAACAAUGGCUUUUUUUUAAUAUACAUUUUGUUGUCGCUGUUGAUUUCCCUGAGAACUGAACACUGAGGAUGCAUUUGACUGAGAGUCAGUGAAGUCCACUGAGUUAUACGGGCUUGUCGGGUUGCUGAUUAGUGUUCUUCCAGGAGUUGUGAGUUAUUGUGAUGAACCAUCAUUGCCAGCUCUUGCGUGCAUGAAAAGCAGCUGUGAUAAGUGUCUCGUUAAAACAAAGCUGUGUGUGAUGUGAUCUCCUCAGUAAAGGGAACUUUGAACAUUUUCUGCCAUUACACAAAUAAAUGAGUAUUUAUUCUGUGUUGUUACAUUAAGUAUUGAACAAAUUCAUCUGCCAUGUUUCUGUGCUGAAUCAUUCAAAGGGUGCUUAAUUUAUUUGCCUGAUUUAAAGAAAGUUUCAGUUCACUUUCUUAUGGUUUGGGGAUUUGUACUUAUUUUCCUGUGUUUAAUAAAUUAUAAACUAUGCAUAGAAA